CACUGUAGGGGAAAAAAUGGUGAUUUUAAAGUUAAUUCAAUGCAUAGAAUUAAAAUUUGUCAUAAAGUCUUUUAUUAUCAGCACAGCAACUUUUCUGACACAUCCCCCAAAAUAAAUAAUAAAAAUUUCAUCUUUAAAUUUUUAUUUAAGUUAUAAAACAACAUACAGUGACUCGCACAAAGAAAUCCUGUUUCAAGCUUGAUUUGUUAAGAAGCAAACACCAUCAAAACUUUUAAAUUUCUUGCAAUUGUUUUGCAUUGCUCUUUUAUUUUAUAAGACUUUCAAAUUCUUCUAUUUGGUAAAAUAGAAGUUCCUUGUUCUAUUUGGUAACAGUUUGAAAAAUUAGAAUGAAAUAAUUUACAGUUUUAUCCAUUAUGGAUUCUAUUAUUAGCCCUUUUAUUUCUAAAGAUCCACUGAAAUAAUUUAUACGAAAUAUAAUUAACUAAAUCUUUUUCAUUUAAAGCAAACAUACUGUAAAGAAAACAAAUUAAUAAUCUUUGUAAUCAGCAACUCAGGUUUAAAUUAUAAAAAUAUAUCCAACAUUAUAUUUUUCACUAAAUUCAAUAAUUCACAGUAAAAUAUCCUUAGAAAUCUUAGAAUGGCCUAUUUUUAGGAUCUUGAGCAGCGGUUUUAGAUUUUUGAUUAAAGAUUUUUAUGAAUUUGCAAACAUCAUGGAAGAGAAAUGGCAAGUCAGAGGUUUUUUUUUUUGCACUCAAUAGUAAAUCAAAAAUCACAGCUCCAGCUCAGUUAAUAAAUUCACCCAUAACCAUAUUUUAAAAAGAUAAUUAUUUAAACAUAUUAUUUCUUGCUACAUAUGUGAAUACUCUAAGAAUGAUAUUUAAUUUCUAAACUUUUGUUUCAUAAUAUUUCUUUAGUAACAUCAGUGAUUAAAAUCACUUCAAGUAACAUCUGAAAAUCCCAUUUUAAAUUUCAUACUUAAACAAUAAAAGCAUUUUUAUUUAAUUUCUUAAUACAAUGUAUGGUUAGAAAAUAAUAACUUUAAAAAUUUCACAUAAUGCCCAUAUUUGUUUCAUUUUGCUAAUUCACUAAAUUUUUAAUAGACUAACCAUUUUCAGAAGAUAUUUAUUGUUUCAGUGCACAACACAGAUAACAAUAAUUAUAUAACACUGCUCUUAUGGAGAUACAUAAUGGUUACAGUCAAUCCUUAAUGAACAAUUUCAGUAUUUUUUUAAACAUUUUACUUGUUAUCAAUUGUAUUAUAGACACAUUAAGUAUUUAAUGCAUUUAGCAUGUUUAUCUAGUUUAUCAUGAAACAUAUAUGGUUACAUAAAAUUUCCUUUUGAGUUUAAAUGUAACUUUUUCUAAGAUUUCAGCAAGAAGCUCAUUACUAUUAAAAAUAAAUAAUAAUAAGCAGUAAUAAAUAAAUAAAAAUUAAAAAAUUCUCUAUCACUGAAUGAAGAAGCUUAGAAUUAUUACUCAUCUAAUGCAUUGAAUUAACCCUUUAGAAUAGGAAUGUUCAAGUACAAUGGUCAUUAUUUUUGUAGUUUAAAAAGAUGGCUAUGUCCAGUAACUAAUCAUAUAUCCCCCCCUCUUUUCAUAAUUCACAGAAUGGCUUUGAUAGCUAUCCUGAAUCUCUCAGCUCAAUAAAAGUAUUUCUUGAAGGGUUGGCCUUUCCCAUUUUCCUUUUUAAUUGUCCGGUUAAUAAAUACAUAAUUUAGAAAACAGCUCAAUUGUGCAGAAAAUUAUUUUUGAGAACAGAAAGCAGGUAAUCCUUGUUUGAAAGAAUUAAGAAAAAUUUCAUAGAUGUAUUUAGUUAUUUUAUUUUCCGUUUGACUUGCUUAUUAUCAUCUUUUGAAUUAAUUAUGGCAUCCUGAAAGUUCUGGCUUUGUUGGUCUAACAGCUUCCCAAUACAUACUCUGAAGCUGAAUAGUGAAAAAAAAAUUACACGAUUUUGAAUGAAAGGUUCGGUUUGGUUUAAUUGAUUAUGGCAAAGAACACUAGGACUAUCUACCUGAGGGAAACUAGCUCUUUCCAAGAAGCUUUCUAAGGGAAACUGGCUCAUAUACAUGUUCCACAAGGAAUAAACCGUGAAGAUGCCUAUGCAGCCAGCCCAUUCACUUGGAUUCAAACCCAGGUUUCAAUUACCAAUGUUCAAUGAUUUUACCACUCGGCUGCUGGGGGGCCCUUUAAAUGAAUGUCCGAGUUAUUGUAUCUUAAAGGGGGAGGAUAAUUUGCAUUCAUUUAAAAAAAAAAACUUUCAAAUUUUAUAAUGAUAAGCAGCUUUUUUAUACUGACUGGUCAAACAUCAUAGUUAAAUACAGUAAUGAAAAUUAAAUUGAAAAAAAAAAUGACAAUUUAUCAAGAAAUAUGUAAAAUAAUUGAAUGAAAUUUAACAUAGAAAGACACAUUCAUAUAUGAAAAAUAAUAAAAAAGAUGUCUAAUUAUCAUAUAUCAUACUCAAGAAUCAUUAUUUACUCUUCAUCAUGUAUACGCAGGAAAGUAUGAAAGUGAGAUAGAUAGAUAAAGCAGUUUGAGUUGAGCUAGUGGGGCAUGUGAUUAGACCAACUGCUGUGCAAAUUUCAAAAUCAGCAAUCAUAUUGUUUAAACUGUAUUAAGAAAAAAUUUUGGUAGUGAAUUCUUUUCUUCCAAUAAGACAUCUUUUAAUCUCAGUAAGCUUUUGAAUGAGGAUGAUAUUUUGCUAUGCUUUUGUUCCAGAAUAUCCAAGAAAUGCCCUAGGGUACUUAGGUCUGGAGAUUUAGUCAGUCCUUUUCUAAAUAUCAACACCUCCAAGAAGUUUUUUUAUUUAACCAAACCUAUGACAGCAAAUACCAUUCUGCAAAAUGGAACUUAAAGACCAAAAUGCCUCUUAUCCCUGAAACUUCAAACAGCUAGGGAAAUGUCUUGAAACAUAGCAGCAUAUGUCUAUCCAUUUAAAGUAAUUCAAACAGCACUACCAUGAUCACAACCAAGGCCAGUUUAUUUACUACCAGAUUGAGCAUUUUGGGUUCAUGGAUCUUUCCAGAGGUUAGCAGAGCAAUAAUCAGAUUUUAAGCUGAAUUUUGAUUCUUCACUGAAAAGCACACAUACUAAUUCUUGGAUUUAAGCUUAUUUCUUAUCUAUCCGAACUCAGAAAUUUCAACUGUUGACUUCUAUUGGGAGUGACUACUUAUACAGGUUGCCUGUAUUAUAAAUAGAUCACAUAAUGCUUACAUUUGUAUAUAUUUCUAAUAACUAGAAAAACUGUGGUUUAAUAUGUAAAAUGACACUUACUACUACAACUUUCCACAAAAAUUUCAGUUUUAUGCCCUUUAAGAAAAUUUUGACUUUAUUUAAGACAAAUUGCUUUUGGAAAUUCAUAUAAAAUGUUACCUUUUAUACAUUGCAACUUAAUAUACCAUCGCAAAUUUGAUCAUAAAAUUUUAUUUUUAUUGAGAGCAGAAAAUAAUAAAUGUAUGAUUGAAAAGAGGGUUGAUAAUUUUCAAUGGCAAAACAUAUGGGACAAGAGGUGAUUUUCAGGCUGAAAAUUUUAAAAGAUACAUGAAUCCUAGUUUAGAGAGGGUAAAAUAAACAACUUGAAUAUGGGAUUGAUUUAAAAUAAUGGUAUAAAUGCAUGACAUAUGACAGUGAGAUAAAACUGAAUUAGAUGAACAAGUAUUUGAAAGAUUCUGAGCAGUACCCAAUACAUUUAAUAAGAAUGCUAAUAAGGAAAGUAUUGCUUAUGCUUAUGUUCACGCAUGCUUUUAAUGGAUGGUAUUUUUUAUAAUAGUCAUGACAUCAACCUAAUAAGUCAGAGGACCUAAAUUUGAUUCCAUUGAAGUUCGUACUGAAUUUUUCAAUUACUUGCUCUCAUGCUCUAUAAUUUCCACAGUUUGUAUCCAAACAAAAUAAUGAACAAUACUUGUCAUCAGACAUACAUUGAAACAUUUGGAAUUGCCUACCUCUCUUCAAUUCACCUUUAGAUAAGGGAAUAAAGAUAUUACAUGCAUGCUUCUUAUAUGCUCUUAUGUUAUUGGUACAUGCAACACUUUUUUGUUUUAUUGUGGCAACUCUUCUAUUCUUCCUAGCUUGUUUCUUCCAUCAUUAAGUAAAAGCAAGAAAUUAUGGGAUCAUAAAAUGUACAAACGGUGAUAUGAACAUUGCACAUAAUUUAUAAAUAAUACUACAGAAUUGUAAAAUGUCUUCUGUAUUACAGAGUACUUAUAUGAACAUUGCAUAUCACUUUUAAGUGAAAGAUUACACUGGAGACCCAAAAGGAACAUAACAGACUUUGUCUUUUGUAUGAAUAUCAACUUGAUACAAUAAUAUGUUGAAGAAUAUAUGACAUUUAUGACAAUAAUGUUAUAUGAGCACAGACAUAUUAAUAGUAAUUUUGGUGUUUCUGUAAAAUUGAGAAUCAGGUUAAAGACUAAUUAAGUUUAGAAAGACUCACGAACUUAAAAAUCCACUAUUAACUAUUUAAAAUAACAAAGUUACUUGACAGAAUUUACAGAGAAGUUUGGAAUUCAUAGGACAAUAGUGAAAAGGACGAUUCCUCCCUUAUAAUUUUUGGUAAAAUGGACACUUUGGCAUCAAAUGAAUUAUUAGGGUGAGAGAGUGAUUAAUUAUAUAGAUAAAUAAAAGGAGUGAUAACUUGUUGGAACGGUAUCAGGCCAUCUUAAUGUAUGGACCAGUUGGGAACUUGCCCAGGAGCCCAAUCAAGAAUAACAGCCUUUGUAAAAACUCAAUUCUAGAUUUGAAAUUAGACACAGCCAAAAAGACCAUAUGACUGUCUAUUAUUAUGCAAAUCAGUGUGCAAGGGCCCUUAUAACAACUACUCAUGAAAAUAAAAUGUAAAUGGAUUAGCAUGGGGCCUAUAUGUUUGUAAGGCUCCUGGGCAAGUUCCUAGCUGGCCCGUGCAUUAAGAUGGCCCUGGAUACAGCUCUAAUAGUCCAUUCUUUUUAUUUAUUGAAUUUUUUUUAAGGACAGGAGUAUGACAAUGCAAGAAAAUUCUGCAGUAGACUACAUAAUGAUUUCAACAGCAGACAAGAGGAGCUCUACAGAGGUUACAAAGAGAGAAACCAAAAAGGUUACUCAAUAGAUAACAGCAGAUUAUAAACAACAUUGAAGAAUAUUUUACAGACUGAAAACUAAAUGCACAAUGAAAUUAUUUCACUGAAAAUCACAAGUGCACAUACCCAUUGCAGUGGUCAGCACAUCAAUUUUAUAUUUAUGAUGUAAACACAGAAAAUCAUGAGCUCAAUAAGCCUGUUCAUUCAGCUAUAGCAAUGACCCUGGGAUUGCAGAUAAAACGUUGAAUCCAGCAUAAUGUAUUGGCAUUCAGUACUUUAUCCACAAUCCCAGGGCCAGAUUUAGACUUGCUGAAGCAUUAAGCUAUUUUAAAUUUGCAGCCUUUAUAAGCAAUAUGGGAAUUUUUUUUUUUUUUUUUUUUUUAAAUCUGGGAUAUGGUGCAUAUUUUGGAGGCCCCUAAGAAUGUGGGGGCUAAGCUAUAGCUUGCGUAGCUUAUAUAUAAAUCUGGCACUGCACAGUACUUUCUGAUACAAAUGGAGGAUUUUAAUAAUGAUUAAAUAAAUUGCAUCUAUUUUUUUAUUUGCUCAAAAACAUGAAUACAGACAUUUAAUUAUUGACACUAUAUUUUCGUCUGAUGAUGUGGUUCAUCAGAAAUAAAUAAAGCGGUCUAAAUUAAAGGUAUCUAAAAAUUCUAUUUAUAAAGAGCUUGAUAUAAGGCAUUAUACAGCAUGUUUCAAAAAGAAUAUAUGUAUUUCAAAUGCAUAUAUUUAUUAAACUGUAUGACAUAUGAAUAAGAAACUUUACACACAUAUGUACAAGCCUCUCAAGUUCAGAUUACAGAUCUUCAAUAUGUCCUCCAUCAGCAACACGAAGAAUAUCACAUUGAUACUCAAAUUCCUCCCAUACACGGGCAAGCAUGUCCGUUGUCACUGAUGUUAUGACAAUAUGGAUCCGGUUCUUCACCUCUUCCAGGUUCUGUGGGAGUGGUGGCAUAUAGACCAGUGGCGUGCAGUCCAUAUGUGCAGGAUGCACACUGCACACUCUGGCAAAAUUAUGAGAAACAAUAACUUUCUGCACCUAUCUUAUAAUAAAUAUUAUUUAUAAUAUAUUCAAAUAUAUGUUGAUUUGCUUGCUUGUAUUCCCGCAGUGCGUGCAGUACUAAGUGCUACACUACGUAACACAUUCAAAAGCAAACGAACAUAGGAAGUUUUGAUGUGUAUGCACUGUGCACUAAUAGAAAAUCCCACUUUAUAUGUAUGGGCUACUGGAGAAGCACAGCAUACUGUAGCACUGAGGCAAGUGCAGCUAUUUUUCCUGCACUUGGCAUUCAGAAUCAUCCGAAGGUACGGUUUAUUAAGCUUUUGUAUUAGAGCGGGGACUUACGUGCUGAAGCGCUUUUGGUUUUUUAACUGAUUAACUGGCCAUACGAUUUUGCAGACGGUUAAUGUUUAAAUUUAUAGUAUAUUGUAAGAUUUUGUUUUUAUGGAAAUAUAAAAGAAGUAUUUCAUCAAUAUAAAGAGAAAUGUUUUAGUGCAGUAAAGUAAUUUUGGUGAUAUAUUAUAUUUAUUGAAAUAAUUCGCUGAAAAACAAUUUUGUUUUAUUAGACAAAAAAGAAACGAAUUUUAACAGAACAGUCCAAAUUUUACUAUUCAUUGUGUCUUACAGACGGUAUAUAAAUUAUUAUCUGUCUAACACCAUAUACCUGGUUUUGUUAUUAAAAAUUGUCAAGAUGUUUUUCGGAGAAUAUAUGAUUUCCAAAUGUUAAAAACAAUUUAUAAAUAUAAUUUAAUCCACUGACCGAACAAGAAACAAUUCGUUCUAUUGUGCCAGCGUGCAGUGAAAUCCUCUGCAUGUGGAAUAGACGUUCGGUUUGUCGGCACCAAUGAGCAUCCUGAUGUCAUCAGGCUGAUGAUGAGGCACCGCAGCGGUGGGUGCCGUGUGAUGCUACGUUUGCUGAAAAUAUAAGUUUUUCUUUGAAGCCCGAAGCAUUGUUUAUUCGCCGCCGAUAUGACACCAUACAACACAAGACACGAUUUUUGCUUCAGUGCUAGUAGAAUUAUUGUAAGUUUAGCUGUUUUUAUAGUUAUACCUCAACUACUCGUAGGUACAUAUUUUUAUUUAUUGUAUUCUUUAAAUUUAUAUUCAUAAUAAAUAACCCAUUUCAGAAUGGAGAACUCAGAUGUCUCAAUAAUUAAAAAUUUAUUGGAAAAUCCAUUUUCGAGAUGAGACAUUACUACAAAAAAGGAAACAGUUAAAUUAAGUAGACCGACGCUGGAUAUUAUUCUAUCGCAAAACGUUCAGAUUACAGGACAACAGUGUGUAGUACAACAUUUUCAAAAAUCUAUGUAUGAAAAAUUUAAAUGGUUAAUCGGUUGUAGUGAAUUGAAUAAGUUGUACUGUUGGCCAUGUUUACUUUUUGUUGUAAUUGAAAAGGACAAGAAUAUUUGGACAAAACAAGGCUAUAGUGAUUUAAAUCCUCUCCACGAAGCUGCAAAGAAACAUGAAAAAACACAAUCUCACAUAAAUGCCGUAAUACUAUUAAAAACAUUUGGUACCGCCAGGAUAGAUUUAAUGUUAGAUCAACAAAAGGCUUCAUCGAUUGUUCAACACAAUGAAAAAGUAACAAGAAAUAAAAAUAUUCUCAAGAGAUUAAUAGAUGUAGUUUGUUACUUAGCAAAACAAGAAGAUGCAUUUUGUGGACACAAUGAGAAUAUAACUUCUCUUAAUCGAGGAAAUUAUAUAGAAUUCAUAACUUUAAUUAGUAAAUAUGAUGAUCUUUUAGCAACACAUCUAAGAACUGCAAAUGUAUUUUCUGGAACCUCUAAUAGAAUACAAAAUGAUAUUAUUGCAUUGAUUAAAAAUAUUGUAAUUUCAGAAAUUAGAAAUGAGGUAAAAGAAACGCCAUUCGUUGCUAUUAUGCUGGAUGAAACAUCUGACAUAUCUCACAAAUCGCAAUUAUCAGUUGUGCUACGAUAUGUUAAUAAUUGUAGUGCACCAGUGGAAAGAUUUUUGUUUUUUAAAAAUGUUAGUGGUGAUCGUUCAGCUGAAGCUUUGUGUAAUGUUGUGCAAGAAACGAUUUUGAGUUGGGGGUGUGAGAAUAAACUGAUUGCUCAAAUGUAUGAUGGGGUGGCAGUCAUGGCAGGAGCGUUGAAUUGGACGCAGAAAAAAGUAAAAGACAUUUUCCCAGAAGCUAUGUUUGUGCAUUGUUGCGCACAUAUACUUAAUUUAGUUCCGUCGCAAUCUGUAUUGUUUAUAAAAGAUUGUAAAUUAUUUUUUGCAACAAUUUCUGGCAUAACCUCAUUUUUUUCAUUAUCUACAAAAAGAAAUCAUGUUUUAAAUGAAAUUAUUAAAAGAAAAUUUCCAAAAUUAGCUACAACACGUUAGAACUAUUCAUCUCGUUUGGUAAAUACCAUAAAAAGCGAAAGGCAAGGCCUAUCUGAUUUAUUUGAAAAUAUCAUUGAGAAUUCAGAAUGCUGGGAUAACGAUACAAUUAAUAUUGCAAAGAGUUAUCACAUGUUUUUUGAAGAAUUUAACGGUAAUUUUCUCCUAAAUAUUUUUGCCAAAGUGUUUAGUUAUACUAAUGUUCUAUUUGAUAUUUUACAAAAAACUAACUUAGAUAUAGCAUAUUUUAGUCAACAAGUAGAGGAAGUAAAAGAUGCAAUUCAAAAUAUGCGAAUUUCUGUUGCAUUUGAUGAAGUUUAUGAAGAGACUAUUUCUGCAGUGGGUCCCCCAAAUAAAAAAAAAAAAAAAA